CCGAGUCUUAUCUCGAACGUCCUUGAACCCUUGUAACAGAAAGGGCUUGGUUUCUGCCAUGGACGAGAAGUCUUUCCAUGCCGACCAUAAGUCGGCGCAAGCCAUUCCAGUUCCCGUCACGCACCGACCAGCUGUCGCCUCUCCCCGCAAGAAAUGGGGGCGCCGCCUCGCCGUCUUACUCGCUUUCCUGUGCACAGUCCAUCUUUUGAGCAAUGUUAAGCGUACUCGCCACAAUGGACACGAGGGACAAGAUAAUGGGAUGCUCAAUGCGCUGACGCACCAGGCUCCAAACAAAGGUCGUAUCCUCAGAGGGAAGAAAGCAGAGCAACUGUUCUUGUCUGUACCAGAUACAGACAGUGCUAUUGCUGCGUCCCGAGUCUAUGCGGCCAAACCCCAUAUGGCCGGGACCGCAGGUGAUUUUGACACUGCAAAAUACUUCCUCGCGCACCUACAGGAAGAGCUCGAAAUUGAUCGCUCAUCUUCUGACAUUCCACUGUACUCAGCUGGUUCCCAUGAAUCUCGCGAGGCAACGUUAACAAUUCAAUCCCUUGACGAACCAACGGCUUGGAUCGACGAGUAUUACCCUAUUUUGAACAGCCCUUUGGAUCGUAGCCUGGAGAUUCUUGGAGACGACGGCAAAGCCGUUUGGUCUGCUGAGCUCGAAGAGGUUGCUGAUGAAACCGACCCUUAUGCCUUCCAGUCCGCCAAUGCCGUUCCGACGUGGCAUGGUAUCAGUAGAGGGGGCCAAGCUGAAGGGACGCUGAUUUAUGCGCACUAUGGAAGGAAGCAGGAUUACGACGCGCUCGUAGAAGCUGGUGUUGACUUCAGUGGAAAGAUUGUCCUAACUCGCUACGGUGGUGUUUUCAGGGGUUUGAAGGUCAAAAGAGCUCAGGAGCUUGGUGCUGCCGCUGUUCUCGUUUACUCAGAUCCUCGUGACGAUGGUACAGUAACAGUUGAGAAUGGCUAUAUCCCCUACCCACACGGCCCUGCACGUAACCCAACUUCCGUGCAACGCGGUUCCGUGCAGUUCUUGUCGUUGUAUCCCGGAGAUCCCUCGACUCCUGGAUAUCCCUCGUAUGAAAAUAGCACGAGAAUUGAAGGAGGAAGCAAACCAACGAUUCCGAGUUUGCCAAUUUCUUGGGCUAAUGCUGAAGUCCUUCUAAAACACUUGGAGGAUAGUUGUAAAAGCCCUACCGUUCGUCUCGUGAACAAUGUGAACGAAAAGAUUACCCCCAUCUGGAACGUGAUGGGUGUUAUUCCUGGCCACAUCAAGAGCGAGGUAGUCGUGAUAGGCGCCCACCGAGAUGCUUGGGUAACGGGAGCGAGUGAUCCGUCCUCAGGCACAGUGUCUCUUUCAGAGGCAAUCCGUGGCUUUGGGGCUAUGUUGAGGAAAGGAUGGAAGCCCUUGAGGACAAUUCUCAUUACAAGCUGGGACGGUGAAGAAUUUGGAUUGAUUGGCAGCACAGAAUGGGGCGAAGACUUCUCGGAGUGGAUCAAGGACCAUGUCGUGGCUUACGUCAACACGGAUACUUCCGCAUCGGGGUCCCGUCUCAAGGCCUCAGGAUCUCCCUUGCUUGCCCAUCUCCUUCGUGAAACAGCAGAACAGAUUCCCCACCCUAUCUCGGACGAAAGAAGCCUUUGGGACGCCCGCGGAGACACCGGAACACUUUUCGGCGAGCAUAUGAAUGCGGAGAUUGCUGCAAUGCACGAGGAUGAUCUUUUGGCAGUUGAUAGUAUCGGUGUGAGUCCCCUGGGAUCAGGGAGUGAUUAUACCGUUUUCUUGCAAUACCAUGGUGUACCGAGUACUGACGGUGGAUUCACCUCAACGUUACACGAUCCCGUGUAUCAUUAUCACUCGAUUUUUGACUCUCAGUACUGGCAGGAGCUAUACGGCGAUCCUGGUUUUUCUCGUCAUGUUGCUAUUGCUAAACACAUUGGUCUACAAGUGCUACGUCUAUCUGGCGACAUUAUUUUACCCUUCAAUACGACCCAUUAUGCCAUCGAGUUGGAAUCAUACCUUGACAAGGUUGUUUCUAUCGCAGCUGCUGGCUCUUAUGACGUCGAUCUGUCUCCUCUGCGGGAAUCCCUUCACGCUUUACAGAGUGCCAGCCUUGAGCUGGACUCCACGAAGACGAAGGUGGAGCGCAAGCUUCGUAAGAUCCUCAAGCAAUUGAAAAAGAGGCAUGGUAUCUGCCACAAGAUCCGUCGCAAGGUUUACAAGGCUAGCUGCAAACUCAAGAAGGUAUUUGGAAUGCACAAGUGCGAAUCCAAAGACAAGCACGAAUAUACGGAAAGAGAACGCCCGCAUAGACAACCCAGCCAACGCCUUCUCAAAGCUGUUCAACGCGUGCAAGCUGUGAACAAGAGAUUGAUCGCCUUUGAACGUAGUUUCAUAUCGAACGAAGGUAUCAAGGAUCGUGAGUGGUACAAGCACUUGGGUGUAGCUCCUGGCAAAUGGUCAGGCUAUGGCGCCACCACUUUUCCAGCGCUCACUGAGGCACUUACAAUGGACAAAAAUGCGACCGCUGCUGCCUAUGAAGCUGGGAGAUUGAAAAUCGUGAUCGACGACCUCGUUGAGACUAUUCGCCUGUGAAUCUGGGUCAACAUUUAGACAUCCCAUAUAUCAAUACCUUCUAUGAUAUUCCUUGAAUUCCAUCGAUCUUCCUGCUGUAGCUGUUCAUGAGAGUAUAAGCAUGUAGCACUCAGGUUGCGGAUAAUAUUGAUGGGCCACAUUUUGUAACUGCGAGGCAA